AUGUUGUUGAAAAUUCAAUUAUGUUUUAUAUUUUCAUUUCCAUCUCAUAUUGUCCACGGAGAGGAUUUAGAUAUAAUCGUAAAACUUAAUACGAAAGACAUCAUAAAUGAACUAAAGUCUGAAAUUUCAUAUAACUACUGGUCGAAGUUGGUUGAAGUUUUCGCGAAAAAUGCCGCUCAGUCUUUUAUCAAUGAGAUUAAGAAUAAUAAACUUCCAACUCCAGUGACUGAAUUAAUAAACGAGCACAAAAUAGGUCGAGUUAAUCCGCUAUAUGUUAAAAAUACUUUACUAAGCGAAGAAAAAGCAUAUAAACUUUUGAAGGAACCUGCGCCAGAUGGUGAUGCUCCGGGCUGGCAUUCCGUCGAACUAAGUGAUGAAGAGGACUCACCUAAAAAGAACAAAGGCAUACCCUUAUAUGGAUUGACUAAAAUCAACGGAAUAUAUGUAAGAAGACUAUUAGGUCUUCUAAUUUAG